AUGCGUGAGGAGCCACUGCCGCAGGUCCUCAGGCCACGGCGGCAAGCCCUGGGCGAAACUUUUGGACUGGACGAUCCCCAGGCAACCGACGAAGCAGCAGAGCUCAUACCGGACAUCGACUUCGCUCCUCACCCUCAUGCGCAACCGCCUUUCAUGCUGGAUAUUGGGAGUACGUAUCACCUCCACAUAGCCGCCGUCGAGUUUCGCAGACAGGCACGUCUGCGAGAGCUAGCCAGGCAGCGGGAGACGCUGGUGCUUGCUGCCAUGGGCCUUCCUUUGCUAGCCAUGCUGCUGAAGCUGCUGUGGUCUUCCUUCACAGGUAGCAGAUGGUGGGCAAACGACUCCGGCACACCUGCAUGGCAGGGGUUUGUGGGUGGAGAUUGGUAG